AUGGAGUCUCUCUCACAAAUUGACUGGAUCUCUAGAACACCCUGGGGGCUGUUUACCCUGUCCCCCACACCCUGGGGACUGUUUACCCUGUCCCCCACACCCUGGGGGCUGUUUACCCUGUCCCCCACACCCUGGGGGCUGUUUACCCUGUCCUACACACCCUGGGAGCUGUUUACCCUGUCCCCCACACCCUGGGGGCUGUUUACCCUGUCCCCCACACCCUGGGGGCUGUUUACCCUGUCCCCCACACCCUGGGGGCUGUUUACCCUGUCCCCCACACCCUGGGAGCAGUUUACCCUGUCCCCCACACCCUGGGAGCAGUUUACCCUGUCCCCCACACCCUGGGAGCUGUUUACCCUGUCCCCCACACCCUGGGAGCUGUUUACCCUGUCCCCCACACCCUGGGAGCUGUUUACCCUGUCCCCCACACCUUGGGAGCUGUUUACCCUGUCCCCCACACCCUGGGAGCUGUUUACCCUGUCCUACACACCUUGGGAGCUGCUUACCCUGUCCCCCACAUCCUGGGAGCUGUUUACCCUGUCCCCCCCACCCUGGGAGCUGUUUACCCUGUCCCCCACACCCUGGGAGCUGUUUACCCUGUCCCCCACACCCUGGGAGCUGUUUACCCUGUCCCCCACACCCUGGGAGCUGUUUACCCUGUCCCCCACACCUUGGGAGCUGUUUACCCUGUCCCCCACACCCUGGGAGCUGUUUACCCUGUCCUACACACCUUGGGAGCUGUUUACCCUGUCCCCCACACCCUGGGAGCUGUUUACCCUGUCCCCCACACCUUGGGAGCUGUUUACCCUGUCCCCCACACCUUGGGAGCUGUUUACCCUGUCCCCCACACCCUGGGAGCUGUUUACCCUGUCCCCCACACCUUGGGAGCUGUUUACCCUGUCCCCCACACCCUGGGGGCUGUUUACCCUGUCCCCCACACCCUGGGAGCUGUUUACCCUGUCCCCCACACCCUGGGAGCUGUUUACCCUGUCCCCCACACCCUGGGAGCUGUUUACCCUGUCCUACACACCCUGGGAGCUGUUUACCCUGUCCUACACACCCUGGGAGCUGUUUACCCUGUCCUACACACCCUGGGAGCUGUUUACCCUGUCCCCCACACCCUGGGGACUGUUUACCCUGUCCUACACACCCUGGGAGCUGUUUACCCUGUCCCCCACACCCUGGGAGCUGUUUACCCUGUCCCCCACACCCUGGGAGCUGUUUACCCUGUCCCCCACACCCUGGGGGCUGUUUACCCUGUCCCCCACACCCUGGGGACUGUUUACCCUGUCCUACACACCCUGGGAGCUGUUUACCCUGUCCCCCACACCCUGGGAGCUGUUUACCCUGUCCCCCACACCCUGGGAGCUGUUUACCCUGUCCCCCACACCCUGGGAGCUGUUUACCCUGUCCCCCACACCCUGGGAGCUGUUUACCCUGUCCUACACACCCUGGGAGCUGUUUACCCUGUCCCCCACACUUGGGAGCUGUUUACCCUGUCCUACACACCCUGGGAGCUGUUUACCCUGUCCCCCACACCCUGGGAGCUGUUUACCCUGUCCCCCACACCUUGGGAGCUGUUUACCCUGUCCCCCACACCCUGGGGGCUGUUUACCCUGUCCCCCACACCCUGGGGGCUGUUUACCCUGUCCCCCACACCCUGGGAGCUGUUUACCCUGUCCCCCACACCCUGGGGGCUGUUUACCCUGUCCCCCACACCUUGGGAGCUGUUUACCCUGUCCCCCACACCCUGGGGACUGUUUACCCUGUCCCCCACACCCUAGGGACUGUUUACCCUGUCCUACUCACCCUGGGGGCUGUUUACCCUGUCCCCCCACACCCUGGGGGCUGUUUACCCUGUCCCCCACACGCUGGGGGCUGUUUACCCUGUCCUACACACCCUGGGAGCUGUUUACCCUGUCCCCCACACCCUGAGAGCUGUUUACCCUGUCCCCCACACCCUGGGAGCUGUUUACCCUGUCCCCCACACCCUGGGAGCUGUUUACCCUGUCCCCCACACCCUGGGGGCUGUUUACCCUGUCCCCCACACCCUAGGAGCUGUUUACCCUGUCUUCCACACCCUGGGAGCUGUUUACCCUGUCCCCCACACCCUGGGAGCUGUUUACCCUGUCCCCCACACCCUGGGAGCUGUUUACCCUGUCCCCCACACCCCGGGGGCUGUUUACCCUGUCCCCCACACCCUGGGAGCUGUUUACCCUGUCCCCCACACCCUAGGAGCUGUUUACCCUGUCUUCCACACCCUGGGAGCUGUUUACCCUGUCCCCCACACCCUGGGAGCUGUUUACCCUGUCCCCCACACCCUGGGAGCUGUUUACCCUGUCCCCCACACCCCGGGGGCUGUUUACCCUGUCCCCCCACACCCUGGGAGCUGUUUACCCUGUUCCCCACACCCUGGGGGCUGUUUACCCUGUCCACCACACCCUGGGGGCUGUUUACCCUUUCCCCCACACCCUGGGAGCUGUUUACCCUGUCCCCCACACCCUGGGAGCUGUUUACCCUGUCCCCCCACACCUUGGGAGCUGUUUACCCUGUCCCCCACACCCUGGGAGCUGUUUACCCUGUCCCCCACACCCUGGGAGCUGUUUACCCUGUCCCCCCCACCUUGGGAGCUGUUUACCCUGUCCCUCACACCCUGGGGGCUGUUUACCCUGUCCCCCCCACCUUGGGAGUUGUUUACCCUGUCCUACACACCUUGGGAGCUGUUUACCCUGUCCCCCACACCCUGGGAGCUGUUUACCCUGUCCCCCCCACCCUGGGAGCUGUUUACCCUGUCCCCCACACCCUGGGAGCUGUUUACCCUGUCCCCCACACCCUGGGAGCUGUUUACCCUGUCCCCCACACUUGGGAGCUGUUUACCCUGUCCCCCACACCCUGGGAGCUGUUUACCCUGUCCCCCACACCCUGGGAGCUGUUUACCCUGUCCCCCACACCCUGGGAGCUGCUUACCCUGUCCCCCACACCCUGGGAGCUGUUUACCCUGUCCCCCACACCCUGGGAGCUGUUUACCCUGUCCCCCACACCCUGGGAGCUGUUUACCCUGUCCUACACACCUUGGGAGCUGUUUACCCUGUCCCCCACACCCUGGGAGCUGUUUACCCUGUCCCCCCCACCCUGGGAGCUGUUUACCCUGUCCCCCACACCCUGGGAGCUGUUUACCCUGUCCCCCACACCCUGGGAGCUGUUUACCCUGUCCCCCACACCUUGGGAGCUGUUUACCCUGUCCCCCACACCCUGGGAGCUGUUUACCCUGUCCUACACACCUUGGGAGCUGUUUACCCUGUCCCCCACACCCUGGGAGCUGUUUACCCUGUCCCCCCCACCCUGGGAGCUGUUUACCCUGUCCCCCACACCUGGGAGCUGUUUACCCUGUCCCCCACACCCUGGGAGCUGUUUACCCUGUCCCCCACACCCUGGGAGCUGUUUACCCUGUCCCCCACACCUUGGGAGCUGUUUACCCUGUCCCCCACACCCUGGGAGCUGUUUACCCUGUCCUACACACCUUGGGAGCUGUUUACCCUGUCCCCCACACCCUGGGAGCUGUUUACCCUGUCCCCCACACCUUGGGAGCUGUUUACCCUGUCCCCCACACCUUGGGAGCUGUUUACCCUGUCCCCCACACCCUGGGAGCUGUUUACCCUGUCCCCCACACCUUGGGAGCUGUUUACCCUGUCCCCCACACCCUGGGGGCUGUUUACCCUGUCCCCCACACCCUGGGAGCUGUUUACCCUGUCCCCCACACCCUGGGAGCUGUUUACCCUGUCCCCCACACCCUGGGAGCUGUUUACCCUGUCCUACACACCCUGGGAGCUGUUUACCCUGUCCUACACACCCUGGGAGCUGUUUACCCCUGUCCUACACACCCUGGGAGCUGUUUACCCUGUCCUACACACCCUGGGAGCUGUUUACCCUGUCCCCCACACCCUGGGAGCUGUUUACCCUGUCCCCCACACCCUGGGAGCUGUUUACCCUGUCCCCCACACCCUGGGGGCUGUUUACCCUGUCCCCCACACCCUGGGAGCUGUUUACCCUGUCCUACACACCCUGGGAGCUGUUUACCCUGUCCCCCACACCUUGGGAGCUGUUUACCCUGUCCUACACACCCUGGGAGCUGUUUACCCUGUCCCCCACACCCUGGGAGCUGUUUACCCUGUCCCCCACACCUUGGGAGCUGUUUACCCUGUCCCCCACACCCUGGGGGCUGUUUACCCUGUCCCCCACACCCUGGGGGCUGUUUACCCUGUCCCCCACACCCUGGGAGCUGUUUACCCUGUCCCCCACACCCUGGGGGCUGUUUACCCCUGUCCCCCACACCUUGGGAGCUGUUUACCCUGUCCCCCCACAUUCUGGGGGCUGUUUACCCUGUCCCUCACACCUUGGAGCUGUUUACCCUGUCCCCCACACCCUGGGGACUGUUUACCCUGUCCCCCACACCCUGGGGACUGUUUACCCUGUCCUACUCACCCUGGGGGCUGUUUACCCUGUCCCCCACAGCCUGGGGGCUGUUUACCCUGUCCCCCACACGCUGGGGGCUGUUUACCCUGUCCUACACACCCUGGGAGCUGUUUACCCUGUCCCCCACACCCUGAGAGCUGUUUACCCUGUCCCCCACACCCUGGGAGCUGUUUACCCUGUCCCCCACACCCUGGGAGCUGUUUACCCUGUCCCCCACACCCUGGGGGCUGUUUACCCUGUCCCCCACACCCUAGGAGCUGUUUACCCUGUCCCCCACACCCUGGGAGCUGUUUACCCUGUCCCCCCCACCCUGGGAGCUGUUUACCCUGUCCCCCACACCCUGGGAGCUGUUUACCCUGUCCCCCACACCCCGGGGGCUGUUUACCCUGUCCCCCACACCCUGGGAGCUGUUUACCCUGUCCCCCACACCCUGGGGGCUGUUUACCCUGUCCACCACACCCUGGGGGCUGUUUACCCUUUCCUCCACACCCUGGGAGCUGUUUACCCUGUCCCCCACACCCUGGGAGCUGUUUACCCUGUCCCCCACACCUUGGGAGCUGUUUACCCUGUCCCCCCACACCCUGGGAGCUGUUUACCCUGUCCCCCCCACCUUGGGAGUUGUUUACCCUGUCCCCCCACACCCUGGGAGCUGCUUACCCUGUCCCCCACACCUUGGGAGCUGUUUACCCUGUCCCCCCACACCCUGGGAGCUGCUUACCCUGUCCCCCCCACCUUGGGAGCUGUUUACCCUGUCCCCCACACCCUUGGGACUGUUUACCCUGUCCCCCACACCCUGGGGACUGUUUACCCUGUCCCCCACACCCUGGGAGCUGUUUACCCUGUCCCCCACACCCUGGGGACUGUUUACCCUGUCCCCCACACCCUGGGGGCUGUUUACCCUGUCCCCCACACCCUGGGGACUGUUUACCCUGUCCCCCACACCAUGGGAGCUGUUUACCCUGUCCCCCACACCCUGGGGACUGUUUACCCUGUCCCCCACUACGUUACGCUGAACUGCACUAGGCAUUUGAGACUGUGUGUGUGUGUGUGUGUGUGUGUGUGUGUGAGUGUGUGUGUGUGUGUGUGUGUGUGUGUGUGUGUGUGUGUGUGUGUGUGUGUGUGUGUGUGUGUGUGUGUGACCCCCGGGGGGACUUCGCUACAGAGCUGUGCUGUGGCUGCUGUGUUAACACUAUCUAACAGUCUGAUACGGCCGAAUUGUAAAAACAAGCCAAUUACAAUAAAAGUUGAGGCGAGACAGUCAGGGAGCGAGGGAGAUAGAGCGAGAGAGAGCGAUUUAGAGAGAGCAAGAUAGUCAGGGAGCGAGAGAGAGAGAGAGAGAGAGAGAGAGAGGUGCAGAGCGUCCCAGAGUGAUAUCUGCAUACGUUAGGCAGGGCCAGGGUUAUGGGUGUUCUGACAGUAAUGGGUUUUUACAGGGCUGGGCAGGAGACUAAGGACUGAGUGAUCCACUCUGAUAGCAGUCAUUGUGAUGAUGAAGCCUCUAUUACUGUAGUUGAGCUUAAUCUGGACCAGGAGUUUAAUAGGACUAUAUAAUGCAGUGUGUGUGUAUGUGUGUGUAUGUGUGUGUGUGUGUAGGUUUAUCAUGCAGUGUGUGUGUGUGUGUGUGUGUGUGUGUGUGUGUGUGUGUGUGUGUGUGUGUGUGUGUGUGUGUGUGUGUGUGUGUGUGUGUGUGUGUGUGUGUGUGAACUGACUGUUGUGCAUUAGGUAGGAUAUUUCUGAAUAAGUUAACCAUUCUGUCUUCUCUUCAUGGAUAAUUGUAGGAAGGAAGUGGAGGGAGAUGCUUGAUUGUUUCCUGGUUGAGACCAAUAUAUACUGAACAAAAAUAUAAGCGCAACAUGCAACAAUUUCAAAGAUUUUACUGAGUUACAGUUCAUAUAAGGAAAUCAGUCAAUAUAAAUAAAUGAAUUAGGCCCUAAUCUAUGGAUUCCACAUGACUGAGCAUGGGCGGAGCCAUGGGCGGAGCCAUGGGUGGGCCUGGGAGGGCAUAGGCCAACCCACUGGGGAGCCAGACACAGCCAAUCAGACGAUCCAGCAGGUGAAGAAGCUGGUUGUUAUAGACUGUCAAUAUACUACACACACACACACACACACACACACACACACACACACACACACACACACACACACACACACACACACACACACACACACACACACACACACACACAAACACACACACACACACACUUCAGGACACCUACAGCACCAGAUGUCACAGGAAGGCCAAAGAGAUCACCAAGGACCUCAGCCACCCGAGCAACGGCCUGUUCACCCCGCUACCAUCCAGAAGGCGAGGUCAGUACAGGUGCAUCAAAGCUGGGACCGAGAGACUGAAAAACAGCUUCUAUCUCAAGGCCAUCAGACUGUUAAAUAGCCAUCACUAGCCGGCUACCACCCGGUUACUCAACCCUGCACGUUAGAGGCUGCUGCCCUAUAUACAUAGACAUGGAAUCACUGGCCACUUUAAUAAUGGAACACUAGUCACUUUAAUAAUGUUUAUAUAGUGCAUUACUCAUUUCAUAAGUAUAUAUUGCAUUCUAGAGAAUGCCAUCCUAUUCAGCUAUUGCUGUACACAUAAUAUUCCAUCCUAUGUAUUCUACAGAUAUACCACAUAUUCUAUCCACGUACUGUCUAUAAUGUCUAUACAUCCCAUCACACGUUCAUAUAUAUACAGUGGGGAGAACAAGUAUUUGAUACACUGCCGAUUUGGCAAGUUUUCCUACUUACAAAGCACGUAGAGGUCUGUAAUUGUUAUCAUAGGUACACUUCAACUGUGAGAGACGGAAUCUAAAACAAAAAUCCAGAAAAUCACAUUGUAUGAUUUUUAAGUAAUUAAUUUGCAUUUUAUUGCAUGACAUAAGUAUUUGAUAGAUCAGAAAAGCAGAACUUAAUAUUUGGUACAGAAACCUUUGUUUGCAAUUACAGAGAUCAUACGUUUCCUGUAGGUCUUGACCAGGUUUGCGCACACUGCAGCAGGGAUUUUGGCCCACUCCUCCAUACAGACCUUCUCCAGAUUCUUCAGGUUUCGGGGCUGUCGCUGGGCAAUACGGACUUUCAGCUCCCUCCAAAGAUUUUCUAUUGGGUUCGGUCUGGAGACUGGCUAGGCCACUCCAGGACCUUGAGAUGCUUCUUAGUUGCCCUGGCUGUGUGUUUCGGGUCGUUGUCAUGCUGGAAGACCCAGCCACGACCCAUCUUCAAUGCUCUUACUGCGGGAAGGAGGUUGUUGGCCAAGAUCUCGCGAUACAUGGCCCCAUCCAUCCUCACCUCAAUACGGUGCAGUCGUCCUGUCCCCUUUGCAGAAAAGCAUCCCCAAAGAAUGAUGUUUCCACCUCCAUGCUUCACGGUUGGGAUGGUGUUCUUGGGGUUGUACUCAUCCUUCUUCUUCCUCCAAACACGGCGAGUGGAGUUUAGACCAAAAAGCUCUAUUUUUGUCUCAUCAGACCACAUGACCUUCUCCCAUUCCUCCUCUGGAUCAUCCAGAUGGUCAUUGGCAAACUUCAGACGGGCCUGGACAUGCGCUGGCUUGAGCAGGGGGACCUUGCGUGCGCUGCAGGAUUUAAAUCCAUGACGGCGUAGUGUGUUACUAAUGGUUUUCUUUGAGACUGUGGUCCCAGCUCUCUUCAAGUCAUUGACCAGGUCCUGCCGUGUAGUUCUGGGCUGAUCCCUCACCUUCCUCAUGAUCAUUGAUGCCCCACGAGGUGAGAUCUUGCAUGGAGCCCCAGACCGAAGGUGAUUGACGUCAUCUUGAACUUCUUCCAUUUUCUAAUAAUUGUGCCAACAGUUGUUGCCUUCUCACCAAGCUGCUUGCCUAUUGUCCUGUAGCCCAUCCCAGCCUUGUGCAGGUCUAUAAUUUUAUCCCUGAUGUCCUUACACAGCUCUCUGGUCUUGUCCAUUGUGGAGAGGUUGGAGUCUGUUUGAUUGAGUGUGUGGACAGGUGUCUUUUAUACAGGUAUUGAGUUCAAACAGGUGCAGUUAAUACAGGUAAUGAGUGGAGAACAGGAGGGCUUCUUAAAGAAAAACUAACAGGUCUGUGAGAGACGGAAUUCUUACUUGUUGGUAGGUGAUCAAAUACUUAUGUCAUGCAAUAAAAUGCAAAUGAAUUACUUAAAAAUCAUACAAUGUGAUUUUCUGGAUUUUUGUUUUAGAUUCCGUCUCUCACAGUUGAAGUGUACCUAUGAUAAAAAUUACAGAUCUCUACAUGCUUUGUAAGUAGGAAAACCUGCAAAAUCGGCAGUGUAUCAAAUACUUGUUCUCCUCACUGUAUAUAUAUUUUUUAAUACUCCGGACUCCGAUGUACACUGUGUUCUACUAUAUUUUUUUCAAUGCCACUCUGACAUUGCUCAUCCUAAUAUAUAUAUAUUUCUUAAUUCCAUUAUUUUACUUUUAGAUUUGUGUGUAUUGUAGUGUAUUGUUAGAUAUUACUGCGCUUUUGGAGCUAGGAACACACGUAUUUCACUACACCCACAAUAACAUCUGCUAAUUAUGUGUAUGUGACCACUAAAAUUGUAUUUUAUUUGACAAACACUCACACACACACAACCGCCUGUCUUAGUACACACACACACACACACACACACACACACACACACACACACACACACACACACACACACACACACACACACACACACACACACACACACACCCCUGUUAUUAUACUCUGUGGACUCCAACCUCCUAGUUCAAUUAUUCAGGGAUAUUAUCCAUUCAAUCUGUCACUGACACUCUGCACGGUGAGUAGGUGUGUGUGUGUGUGUGUGUGUGUGUAGGAGCUUGUAUCACCACAGUGUAACUCCAGGGGUCCGCCCCCAGAAGAGACCUGCUCUCAGCAGCAGCUCCACUCUAUGUGUAUAUGUACGUUCUGCCUGUCACUAGAAAUCACAGAGUACCGGUACUGCUACUGGUCCUACUCACGCUAAGAUAAAUUAGCCAGGUCUCAGAGGUGAGGUAGGGGUUUUUAGUUGUCCAACCCAAGCUUGUCAUCGUCUUGGUUGCCGGGCGGGAUUUAAACUGAAAAGGGGGAUUGGCUGUAGCGUUCAGAACGGCUACAGGGAGACACGGGGCAGAGGCAAUACGUGGAAAAUGAUCUCAGACUUGACAUAGGAUGGUAUCAUACUGUCUGUCAACAGACUAACUAACAAAUAACUUUGUUCUGAUGCGCAGAUCUUUUCGUCACUGAUCAUUUGGACAAAUCAUAUGAUUUCACAGGUGUUCAGCUUUCUAAUUUGGUUGGAGGCAUUUGGUCCAUGCUUUGGCUGAGAGUUUCAGUUUAAGGGGGGUGGAGACUUUAUUAGUCUCGUUAGUAUAUAUUCUCAUACAUCUCCACCCAUUAAACAUCUGAUGCAAUUACGCAAUAUUUUUGUUCUGGGUCUCUGAGAUUUGGUACAAUACAACACUGUGGCCUGUGUUUGUGACUGAGGACAGAAGUAGAAGACAUAGCCUGGAUGGUAACGCUACAAGCACAGUGCUACUGUCAUCACUGGUGUUAUCUUACUGCAUCCGUCCCAUA